UGUCGCCGCCCUUAGAGGGAGCCAGUACAGUACAGCGAGGGAGUGAGGGUGUUUAGGAAAUGCAGUUUGGUCGCUAGUAGUUCGCCCGUUCGUGCUAUAAAGGAGCGUGUUAAUCAAAUAGCCAUAUCGAGUCUGCUCGUGGUUAUCCGGAAGCAAAGCGUUUGGUGUGACGCACCGGGCCCCCACACAAGGAUACUGAAGAAGACAUCUCGCUGAAGCACUCGGCUCGUCCUGAAGAAGCCAUGGCUCUGCCCUUUAAGAAGGAACUGGAGAAGUACAAGGACAUCAACGAAGAUGAGCUCCUCGACAAGCUGUCCGAGGAGGAGCUGAAACAGCUGGAAAGUGCCCUGGAGGAGAUGGACCCAGAGAAUGCACUGCUGCCAGCCGGUUUGAGGCAGAAGGACCAGACCACUAAAUCAGAAACCGGGACCUUUGACCGUGAAGAGCUGCUGAAGUACCUGGAGAAGGAGGCCCUGGCCUAUAAGGACCGGGAGGAUGUGGUCCCGUUCACCGGGGAGAGGAAAGGAAAGGUGUGGGUGCCCAAACAAAAGCCGAUUGAUAUACGCCAGGAAGAGAUUACCACUCUGGACCCGGAGCUAGAAGAGGCCCUCUCCAGUGCGACGGACACGGAGCUAUGUGACCUUGCAGCUAUCCUUGGUGUGCACACAUUGGUUUCAAGCACGCAAAGCUAUGAUGGCAGUAAAGAUGGCUACAACAAUGUCAUAAAGGGAGAAAAAGUCAAACCUGUCUUCGAUGAGCCACCAAACCCCACCAACGUGGAGGAGACUCUGCAGAGGAUAAAGUCCGACGACGCGACUCUAACAGAAGUCAAUUUAAAUAACAUCAAGAACAUUCCCAUCCCCACGCUGAAGGACUACGCCAAGGCCAUGGAGACGAACACACACGUGAAGAAGUUCAGCCUGGCAGCGACGCGGAGCAACGACCCCAUCGCCGUGGCUUUUGCAGACAUGCUGAGGGAGAAUAAGAGUCUGAAGAGCCUGAACCUGGAGUCCAACUUCAUCACCAACGCGGGCAUGCAGGCCCUGGUGGACGCGCUGAGGGAAAACGACACCCUGAUGGAGAUCAAGAUUGACAACCAGCGGCAGCAGCUGGGCACCACAGUGGAGAUGGAGAUGGCCCGGAUGCUGGAGGAGAGCACGAGCAUCAUAAAGAUCGGCUACCACUUCACCCAGCAGGGCCCCCGGGCCCGCGCGGCGGCGGCUAUCACCAAGAACAACGACCUGGUCCGCAGGAGACGAGUGGAGGGAGACGCAUAGACCCAGAACGCCGGAGCGCCACUCCGCGUCCCCGUGGAGUUAUUUCAGCCGAAGUCUUGUGCCAACCUAGAAGAGCACCUAUCUGGGAAGAAGGGAAAUGACUGGAAUAGCCCCUCUCCAGCUUUAAUGCUGAUUAGUAUUGUUGUUAUAUUAUUAUCAUAGCGGUAAAGUUAUAUUUUUAGCUUAGUGAUUUCAUUCAAGAUUUAGUUUUUCCUAUGCUUACAUCAGAUGUCUUGGGUCGCACCGGUCUUUUUAAGUAUGGUUGUGGCGAGAUGGGAGGAAAUCAAAACCAACAUCACGCAGAGUAGUAUUUGGGGAAUUUACACUGCCUUUUUAUUUUUAGCUGUUUAGAACCACGUUUUUAACAAAGCACAAGAACUGGUUGGCACAGAAGCUCCUCACAGUUGACUGAAAUUACAGUACGGUGGAUGUUCUUAACUUUGCGUCACAGGGACUUUUUCAUUUUGGCUCCACUUUUUUCCAAUCACAGUGUAAAUGGAAAAUGUCGUUCAAUGGCUUAAUAGACACUCCCACUGUUAAAAUGCUUUUUACUUUUAACGGUUGAUUGUGCACCUGCUCAUCUCUAUAUUGUUUAGUCUCUUUGGCCAGAGCUGUAUUGAAAGUGUGGGGGUAUAUUUUGGUACACUGCAAAAAGUCUUAACAAGCGUUUUAGUCUUGUAAUAAGACUUAAGAUCUCUUCUUUUCUCAAGUAGAAAAAUUUAGCUUGUCUUAAGAUAAUGUUUGCUUGACCAGUGAAAUGUCUUAUUCCGUUGGCAAAUCUUGAAAUGUCUCAAACUGUCUUACCUCAUUGGCAAUAUUUUCAUUUUAUUCAGCAAAAAAUUAAAACAAGAUUUUAAGUCAUAAUAUAAGACUAAAAUUAUCAUUGGUUUAUAAAAAAUGUUUUUGCAGUGUAUUGGUUUGGGUUGUGGGAGAAGUGGUGGGUUAGUAGAUUCAGCCCCAUUUGUUGUACACACACACACACACACACACACACACACACACCGACACGAUUAAGAGCUCUAGAAACCAGCAGAGGCAGUAACCAUGAGGGUAUAUGUGCGAGUUUGCCAUUCAUGCUUUGACCAUUGCCAGUCGUACCGUGCAUCGUGCAAAAUGUCCAUUUGGACACGGUGUCAUUUUGAGGUCUUCCCUUGAUCCAUAGCCAUUCUCCAGCCCUGUGUUUUUAAGGGGUCUCUGUUGUAUGUUCCAUUCUGUGUGUUCCCUUGCCCCCAAAAACACAAGUUAAGGGAACUAGAGGAAUCAAAAUGUUUGACCAAGUUUCUUUCUUUCUUCUAAUGGCUUUUCGAAUACAUGCCAAAGACAGUUUAACAUUUUCACCACAUUCCAAUGUGUUUAGGUUUUUGCAUUUCACAUUUUUCAGCUGGUGAUUUAUUACCUUAAAGGAACAAAUAUGAUUACAAGAGGAACUGCCUUUGAAAGGCACAUGCUGGGAAUUCCAGUCCUGGUUGGAAUAUAUAGCCUCCCCUUUGCAAACAAAGCUUUUUCCUCAGCUGUAACCUGAAUGUGAAUUACGUAAUGUUCUGUAUGUGACCUCAUCUCUGAGAUGCACCCUAUCGGCUACAUGAGCCUAUUCCACUCAGGCUGUUGGUCUUCGAUGUAUAGUUUUGAUACAGUCAUGCAAGGGUAUUAAACCUCACAGCACUUCAUGAAAAAAAAAACACAUGCUUUAUUUUUUAAAGUAGAGUCAACUGGAUUGCACAAGGGCAACAUUUUUGCAUAGAGAAAAUGUGAAACACUUGGACCAAGAUGCUAUUUUGAUUUUAUACAUAAAAUUUCUGCGGGACCAUAACAUGUUGUGCAUAGCAGCUCACUGUGUAAUGCAUAUUAGCUAUUUUCUUCCAAAUGUUUUUGAUCAUCGAUUUCAUUUGUUGUAUUUGUUUUUCUUUCUUAUGCGUGAACGUGCAAUGGUUCACUGCGCAUGAAUUGUCUUAAUCAUUUUAAUUGUAAAAAUUUGAAAAAUUAAAGUAUAAUUUUUAGCCUUACAGAAUACCCUAUAUGCAGCUCAGUGGAGAUUUAAGCUGAUCCUUGGUCCUUUCCUGUUCUUCUGUGAUGCUGGGUUAUGUGUAUUAUGAACAUCUAUGUGGGACUGGUGGGGCCUGUUCUAGCUGAGAUGGUCUUGUGUAAGUCUUGUCAGCUUGCAUUACGCACUGCUGAGGCCGUUUAUCUUAAAUCCCACAGUCCUGGACUUAAGAGGAAAUAUUAUGUACUGUUAUAUACCACUGUGUAUGGUGGCACUGUAAAGUGGAAAAACUUGCUGAACAAUAAAUGUUUUUACAUAC